CGACGACCUUGAAAGCAGCAUAAAUUCUCUCGCUUCAUGACGUCAUAUUUCUGCGACACGAGUGACGAUCGUGAUCUGGGCGUUUUUAUCGGGACAUUUGUUUUUUAAAAUACCUGCGGAGGAUGAAGUUGAAACCUUGCCGGCUGCUGCUGCUGCUUCUCUCCAUCUCUGCCGGGGUCUGGUCAGUGCCCAUUGAUCGCAAUGUGGGCAACCAGGAAGUUAAGGAGGAAGCACAGGAGGAGAAUGCUGACACUGGCUUGUACUACGACAGGUAUCUCCGCGAGGUGAUCGAGGUUCUGGAGACGGACCCUCACUUCAGAGAGAAACUGCAGACAGCAAACACAGAGGACAUCAAGAGCGGUCGCCUCAGUAAAGAGCUGGACCUGGUCAGUCACCACGUGAGGACUCGCCUGGAUGAGCUGAAGCGGCAGGAGGUGUCUCGUCUCAGGAUGUUGCUGAAGGCCAAACUGGACAGCACCAACACGCAGAGCCUGCAGAUGGACCACGCCUCGCUGCUGAAGCAGUUCGAACAUCUGGAUCCGCACAAUCAAAACACGUUCGAGGCCAAAGAUCUUGAGCUGCUGAUUUCGACAGCCACCAAGGACCUGGAGGACUACGACGCCGAGAGACACGAGGAGUUCAAGCGCUACGAGAUGCUGAAGGAGCACGAGCGGCGGGAGUACCUGAAGGGCCUGGACCAGGAGAAGAGGGAGACGGAGGAGAAGAGAAUGCAGGAGCUGAAGGAGAAACACCGCCAGCACCCCAAAGUCAACGCUCCGGGAAGCGUCGCUCAGCUGCGGGAAGUUUGGGAGGAGACGGACGGAUUGGAUCCUCAAGAGUUCAACCCCAAGACCUUCUUCAAGCUGCACGACACGAACGAAGAUGGUGUAUUAGAUGAACAGGAACUGGAGGCCCUCUUCACCAAGGAGCUGGAGAAGGUCUACGACCCGAAGAACGAGGAGGAUGAUAUGAUGGAAAUGGAGGAAGAAAGACUGAGGAUGAGGGAGCAUGUCAUGAAGAACGUGGAUGCAAAUCAGGACCGGCUCGUCAGCCUGGAGGAGUUCCUCAAGUCCACCGAGAAGAAGGAGUUCAGCAAUCCCAGAGAGUGGGAGACUCUGGACGCCAAGCCCGCGUACACGGACGAGGAGCUCCAGCGCUUCGAGGCAGAGCUGCGCGACAAAGAGGAGGAGCUGAGGAGGAGGGCGGCGACGCUGCACGAGGAGCAGGAGCUGCUGAACGAGAGGGGCAAAGCGCUGGAGGCCCAGAAGAGAGAGUACCAGCAGGCAGUAUUAGAGAUGUCCCAGAGACAGAAAGAACAGCAGGCAGCGGACGGGCAGCCUCCUGCGGGUCCUAAUGGAGAACUACAGUUUCAACCACAGGCACAUAAAUCUGAAGAUAAUGAAAUAAAAGCUCCAGCUGAUCACGAAGCCGAAGCCCCGAAACAUCUGGCUGUCGAGCCUCCACAGAAUCUGCCUGUACACACUUAAUGCACCGCGCUCCGACAGCCUUAACACACACACACACACACACACACACACACACACACACACGCACACACACACACACACACACACUCUGAUUUGCACUGACACAGAUAUCCAGAUGGGUUCUACUCACUAAGUUAACGUUGAUCCGUACGUGUGAAUUCAGGCGACUCGGCUCUCGCAUCUUGACGUCUCGUGCUCAUGUGUGUUCUUGUCUGUGGUCUACGUUAGAUUAACAAUCUCAAAAAACAACAGAUAUAAACUGUGUCAUGCAUUUUUAUCGGAAAUCUUCAGUUUCAGUGAAGUUUUCAUCCACGCAGAGCCUUCGGUGUUACAUCAUCAUCAUCAACCUCAAAUAAAGUUUUAAUUUAAA